AUGACAGGAAUCCUUCCAGCCCAAGUUCGCAGAGUGGUCGUGACUGGCUUGGGCCUCAUAACGCCGUUGGGAGUGGGCGUAAAGACAACAUGGGACAACCUUCUUCAAUCAAAAUCGGGAAUAAUUUCCUUGUCGCAUAAGAUUGACCCCAACACAAAAUAUGAGGGAUUCGAUGAUUUACCAUCAACGGUGGCAGGUGUAGUAAAGAAGGGCAAAGAUGGUUAUGAUCCGGGAGAAUGGCUUGAGCCUGGGGACGAGCGAAAGAUGGCUCUGUUCAGCCAAUAUGCUAUUGUUGCUGCAAAGCAAGCUCUAAAGGAUGCAGGAUUAGAAACGAUGACCGACUUUGAAAAGGAGAGAACCGGCGCAUGUAUUGGUUCCGGCAUUGGAAGUCUGGAUGAUACUGUAUCGAAUACGAUAACACUUCUUGAAAAGGGCCAUCGAAAAAUCAGUCCAAUGUUCAUUCCUCGAUUACUCAUCAACAUGGCAGCUGGCCACCUAACAAUGAAAUAUGGGUUUCGAGGACCCAAUCAUACAUGUUCUACAGCCUGCACGACUGGUGCUCACUCUAUAGGUGAUGCAUCGCGGUUUAUUCAAUUCAACGAUGCGGAUGUAAUGAUAGCCGGUGGAACCGAAGCGUGUAUUCAUCCUCUGGCUGUUGCUGGAUUUGCAAAGGCCAAAUCUCUAUGUACAAAAUACAAUGAUAAUCCACCACAAGCCUCCAGACCCUUUGACAGAGACCGGGAUGGAUUUGUCAUUGGUGAAGGAGCAGGUGUAGUAGUACUCGAAGAAUUGGAGCACGCCAAGAAGAGAGGUGCGAGGAUAUAUGCUGAAUUGCGUGGAUAUGGUUUGUCCGGCGAUGCUCAUCAUAUAACAGCCCCACCAGCAGACGGUUAUGGUGCGAUGCUUGCUAUGCAGCGUGCCAUGGAGCACGCGAGAUUGAUGCCCAAACACAUUGAUUAUAUCAAUGCGCACGCGACCUCGACAUCGCUAGGCGAUGCUGCGGAAAAUACUGCAAUACAGCAAAUAUUUGAAGGCAAUGCAAGAGAACUGGCUGUUUCCUCGACUAAAGGAGCAAUUGGGCAUUUAUUAGGAGCAGCGGGCGCCGUUGAGGCUGUGUUCACCAUCCUAGCAGUGCAUAAUAAUAUCGUUCCACCGACACUGAAUCUCAACAACCAAUCGCCCGAAUUCCGUCUUAACUAUGUGCCACACGUACCCCAACAAAAGACUAUUCGAGCAGCUCUGACAAACUCGUUUGGAUUUGGUGGGACGAAUGCAUCGCUGUGUUUCGCCAAACUAGAAGAAGGUUUAGAGAUUGAGCGAUAG